AUGGAUUCACGAGACUACGCAUUCAAGGCAUUCGGCGAUGGAGACCACAUCUAUGCCACAGCCCAUUGGGCCAAGUCACAAACGGAUAAUCCACUCGGCAUAGCUCUUGCCUUCCAUGGUGGUGGUUUCGUCGUCGGUUCUAGAAUGAUGUUACCCAUGGUGCAAAUGGAAUAUUUGGCCAAUGCUGGAUUCGUCGUUGUUUCUGCCGACUAUCGACUAUGCCCCCAGGUCUCGAUGUACGAAGGCCCUAUCCAAGAUGCAAAGGAUGUCUACGCAUGGUGCAAAGAUUCUCUUCCAGCGCUGCUGAAGAAAGAUGCGAGUCUCAACGUGGACCCUUCCCGCACCGUCGUAUUCGGCCACUCAGCCGGUGGUUGUUUGGCUUUGCAUACGGGUGCUCUCUCAGAUCCCCCACGUGCGAUUCUCGAUUUCUACGGUGUUAAGUGCACGACAGAUCCUUUCUGGUUUGCGCCUUUACCGGCACUUGCGAUGAUCCCUGAACUUGACGAGGCAUUCAUCAACCAGGUUUACAAGGAACCAGUGUCCUCCAACACAAUGCUUUCCUUGGAACGUGCGACCAACACCAGGGAACAGCCAAGAACGAAAGGUUUGCCUCGUCCUGACCUUUCCGUCCCGAGAAACGCAUGGCUUUUUGUUACUUUGAAGGAGGGCACACAGCUCCCGGCCAUCGUUCAGGAUGGAGAUUACAAGCGUAUCGAUCCCGUCAAUUCCUUCUCAGACAAAUUCCCGCCGACAUUUUUCAUCCAUGGCGAUGCAGAUGGUAUGAUCAUCCCUAAGUUCAGUAUCGAAGCCAAGAAGAAGCUUGAAAACCUCGGUGUUGAGACUAGAAUUUUGCUACCCGAGGGGAAGUCUCACGGCUUUGAUGUUGGAGUCGAGCUCGAUGAACCGGAGUUUGCUCCUAUUCGUGCAGGUCUUGAUUUCUUGAUCGAACACGCAAAGCUCUAG